AUGCCACGUUGCGUUUGUUACUCUCAAGAAGCGGAAUUUCCGUUCUCUGUUGCAGAAGACAUCUUCGUGAAUGGUCCCGAAUGGUGCGGAUGUUUCUCGAAGGCUGAACGUCCCUGCGCCGCUGUACGCAAGCGAUCAUCCCCCGACGUUGCACCUGCUUGCGAUUCCCGAGGGUAUUACCGAAGCACCCAGUGUCACCGUGGUCUAGGACUCUGCUGGUGCGUGGAUCCUCACGGCGUGGAAUUCGCUGGAACUAGAACACGUGGCAGCAAGCCAGAUUGCGACACGAUCGUGAACAAGAUCAGCAACGGAGGAUUAAAGACAAACAGCGUGGACCUGGAUGACGACGAGGAUGGUGGUACAGAUUCUGCUCAGGAUCUUGAGGGCUCCGCCGAUCAGCCAUUGGACUUCUAG